UGGGUCAUCUGUGUUUGUCGGUCAGUCGGUGAUGAAUUGUUGCUGAGAAAAAUUCAAUUUUUUUUUUGCUAAAAAACCAAAAAAUCGAGUCUAUGCCUAUACCGGAGAAUAGUUUAUGUGUUUUUGUGUAGUACUCUUAUCAGUAAUCACCAUCAAUCAUUACGGUUUGGAUAUUGUGAAUUAAUCAACAUUUGAGAUCUUAAACCUUAUUUAAAUAAGUGAACAAAUUUUAAAGUUAGUUCAAGUAAUUAAUUGUAUUUCUGAUCAUUUUGGAUUCUAAGAACAAAACUUCGGUCGUAUGCCUCAUAUUAACCCUAGGAUGACAUCUAGAGUGUCCUCCUCCAUUUUCUUUACAGUGGAGGUGGGCGAUACAAAGUUCACUAUUUUGAAGCGAUAUCAAAAUUUGAAACCAAUUGGAUCUGGAGCACAAGGCAUAGUUUGUGCCGCCAUGGAUACUAUUACUCAACAAAGUGUUGCUAUUAAAAAACUAUCCAGACCAUUUCAAAAUGUAACGCAUGCAAAAAGAGCAUAUAGAGAGUUCAAACUUAUGAAAUUAGUAAACCAUAAAAAUAUUAUUGGUUUACUAAAUGCCUUCACACCACAAAGAACAUUAGAUGAUUUUCAAGAUGUGUAUUUGGUAAUGGAACUAAUGGAUGCUAAUCUAUGCCAGGUGAUCCAAAUGGAUCUUGAUCAUGAACGAAUGUCAUAUCUUUUAUAUCAAAUGUUAUGUGGUAUUAAACAUUUACAUUCAGCAGGAAUUAUUCAUAGAGACCUUAAACCUAGUAAUAUUGUUGUAAAAUCUGACUGCACAUUAAAGAUUUUGGAUUUUGGAUUAGCUCGAACAGCUGGAACUACAUUUAUGAUGACUCCAUACGUCGUUACUAGAUACUACCGAGCUCCAGAGGUAAUUUUAGGCAUGGGUUAUAAGGAAAAUGUUGACAUUUGGUCAGUAGGUUGUAUUAUGGGUGAAAUGAUAAGAGGUGGCGUAUUAUUUCCUGGAACCGAUCAUAUAGAUCAAUGGAAUAAAAUUAUAGAACAAUUGGGCACGCCAUCACAAGAGUUUAUGAGAAGGUUACAACCAACAGUUAGGAAUUAUGUUGAAAAUAGACCUCGUUAUCCAGGUUAUUCAUUUGAUCGAUUAUUCCCCGAUGUACUAUUUCCAUCAGAUUCUUCUGAACAUAAUAAACUUAAAGCAAGCCAAGCACGUGACCUUUUGUCUCGAAUGCUAGUUAUUGAUCCAGAAAAGCGUAUAUCUGUGGACGAUGCAUUGCUACAUCCAUAUAUAAAUGUUUGGUAUGACGAAAGUGAAGUAAAUGCACCAGCACCAGGACCAUGGGACCAUUCAGUGGAUGAACGCGAACAUACUGUUGAUCAAUGGAAAGAGCUUAUCUAUCAAGAAGUUAUGGAGUAUGAUCCAACUACUGCAGCAGCAGCUUCUGCUAAUGAACCACAACCAAUCCGAUAGACUCCACUGGCACAGUUUACCUCCGUCCAAUGUCUGACAACUGUGUCAUAAGUAUAGUAUUAAUACAAUUGUAGGUAUAGUCUUCCAUAACUUGAAAGUAACUUAAAUUUUUAAUUCCUUUUGAAAUGGACGAAAUUUCUACAAAAAUGAAAUCAUUAUGUAACUAUAGCUGUACUACUUUAUAAGUAAAUUUUGGGAAAACUAUCCACAUUUUGGAAUUUUUUUACAGAAAUUUUCUUGUGAGAAAAAUAUUCAAGAUAAAACAAAUUAGAUAUUAA